UCUCUACAUUGCCACUUCCCCUUUUUUCCCUCUCUGCAUAUUUCACUGGGCUAGGCUGGGCCCCUUAGAUUUUUCCCACCAUCUAUAAUUAAACCUUCAAGAAGCAGCAACAGCCCACAAUCUGCAAUCUCCGCCUUCGGCAUAUCUUAUAUAUAUUCAUCCAUACUUAAGCAGAAGCAAACUUGAGUUUCAUAUUGAUAACAGUAAUCUGGUGUUACUAUGGCGCAAGAGCUUGACGAUGGAGAGUUCUGGCUACCGUCGGAGUUUCUGACAGACGACGAUUUGCUCAUGGACUUCAAGACUGACUUCUCAAAGACCAAGAGAGGGGACGAUUUUCCCCUAGGGUUUUGCAACUCGGAUCUGAGCUCACCCGUUGAGUCAGUCAUGGGCUCUACCGAGACCGAGAGCGACGAAGACGAUUUCAUCUCCGGGUUAACUCGUAAACUCGCUCAUACCACACUCCACAACCCCAAUUUCUCCAACGACCACGCAGCCAAGGUUUCUGCUUCUCUCACUCAUCUCUCUCUCUCUCUACCCCUUUUGAUAGCUUUAUUUAAACUUGUGUUUAAUUUUGAUAGGGGUGUAAGCUAUCCUGGGUCGCCGCAAUCGACUCUAUGCGGGUUCAAACCGGGUUCUAGCCAGAGCAGUCCGAAGAGGGUUUCUUCGCCCCCGGAGUCGAAGGAAGUUAUUGGGUGGGAUUUGCUGUAUGCUGCCGCAGGGGAAGUGGUGAGGAUGCGAAUGAUUGAUGAAACGGCGCCGUUCCGCUCCAACAAACCCUUCUCCGCCCCUCUGAAGCCCGCCUCCGCCGCUAUCCCCGUCAAAACACCCACUCCAGCCUCCGCCUACUACCCGCCGAACCACGAGGCCCAUCUCGCUUUUCUGCAGCUGCAAGCCACUCAUUUUCAGCGGAUGAAGCAGCAGCAUCACAUGAUGAAAAGCGGCGUGUGGGGGCAGCAGGGGAAAAUGGAGUACCAUCAGUUUCAGAACCAGAGCGGGAAAAUGGAGGGAGAAAUGGGAAGAAGUCAAGGUUUAUCAAUGGCGUCUUGGCCUACUCUGCAGCAGUCUCAGCAGCAACCACAGCAGCAGUCCCAGCAACCCGGUUCAGGAAUGCGAGCGGUUUUCCUCGGAGAAACCGGUGCUAAAAAGGAACGAACCGGAACCGGAGUGUUCCUCCCAAGAAGAUUCGGAACUGCCCCCGCCGAAAAUCGCAAGAAACCAGUUUGCUCGACAGUGUUGCUACCAGACAGAGUCGUCCACGCGUUGAACUUGAAUCUCGACGCCGUCGAAGCUCAGCCCCAUCUCAGAUGCAACAGGAAUUUCUCCGAUGCUGGUUUGAACGAAAGAAACAUUUUCCCACAACAGAGGAGAAGCCAAAUGCCGCAGCCGGCGAUGAAUCAAGAACUCAGGCUUCCACAAGGAGUGGACUUAUUAAACAAAGCUGGGCUGCUUCGAAUCAGGAAAUGAUGAUGAUGGGGGCUUGUGUCUUUUUCAAGCGAUUUGAUUGAAUUUUUAGAGAGUAGAAGUUUGCUAGGAGAGAGAAAGAAGAUGGGUAUACUAAAUAGUGUUCUUUUGUUGUGACAGGUGGAUUAGUGGGUAGUAUUAUAGGACAAUGGCAGUAGUUAUUACUUAAUUAUUAAGUAGACGAUGAUGAAAAAGAUUGAGAAUGUUAGCAGAAAAAAUGGUGCUUUUUUUAAAAAAAAAAUUAUUUUAGUUUAUAAAGACUACAGAAAAGAAGAAAUAAACUUGUCAGAAGAAGAGGGUUUUCUUUUGUUUGGCUCGAGGCACAAGAAAGUUGAAGAUGACAGCUUCUUUUUCCUGUUCCUUUUGUUUGAAUUUAGGAGGUGAUUAAUAAAGAAAAGGCUGUUUUAGUAGGUGAUUAAUUUAAUUUUAGUAGUCGAAGCCUCUGAAAUUGUGGAGGUUUUUUGAUCUGUGGAGUUGGAGUUUCGUUUUGGGUGAAACUCCAGCCCUAUUUUUUAUUUAUUUAUAAUAUUCUAUUCUAUUAUAGCUUGUAUUAAAUUAAUUAUGGUUUGUUUAUUAGUAAAUGCCCAUUUGCAUUUGUUGUUUAA